UUUUAACCUGUGCAUAGCAGAGGAUGGAAGCACUUAAGUCAUUCCCUGGGCUUUUUCAUAGAUUUCCCAUCUCCUGCUUUGGAAAAGCUGCUUGUUUUUUCCCUUCCUGGGGCUGGAUCCUGAUCAUUCUCUCUCCCUUAAUUCUAUGGAAUUUGGAUGAGCAACCUCAGCACACCAUUCUGGACCACUCUCAUUUAUCCUGGGGCUAACUAUAGUCUGCAGCUAUUUUUGUGAGGUGACACAUGGAGAAUCAAAACUCCACAGGCCCACCAAUAGGGGAAGGAUCAGAAGAAACAUGAGAUGCCCGUCAUGACCUCCAGGGUGCUGCACUCUGCAAUGAUCCUAAAGCACACCUGGCUACUUCCAAGCAAGACACCAAAGCCUACCCAUCUAAAAAAGAAAGGAUUUUGUGGUACCUUACUAGACAGCAAAGACUUCACAGAGCACAGAGAAGGGCGAGACAGACACCCAACCAGCAGUGCUCAAAGCCCUGGGACAGAUGAAAAAUGGUGCUAUGAAUACAAAAGGGACACCCCUAAGAACUCUUCCACAUGCAAGCUUGAAUUCUUUUCUGCAUGCAGGUCAAUCCAGAAAGCAAAAGAAGCUAAAAAAAGUAACCUGUUGGAAGAGCCAAAGCAUUCAACACUGGUAGCAGAAACAACCUUGCAUGUAGAAAUAUAUGAAAACUGAAACACAUGUUGAAUACAAAUAAAACCAGGGAGAGGAUUGACCAGUGGGGAAGAACAAAUGGAAACCAGCACCAUUGACUCUUAUGGUUUCACUUCCCCAACCAGGUUUCCCACCUACCUGUGCUUUCUUCUGGCCGUGAACUACAACUCCCAGAACACAUUGCAAGCCUUAACAAACAUAAAUGACAAACAACUGGCUCCUUUUAACCAGUGCAAAGUGUGGAGGAUGGAAGCAUGUAAGUCUUUGCCUGUGCUUUUGUAUAGGUUCCCCAUCUCCAGUCUUGGAUGUGCUGCUUUUCCUUCCCUGAGGCUGUAUCCUGGUGGUUCUCUCUUCCUGUUUCCAGUGGGAAUUUGUAUGAAGAGCCUCAACACAGCAGUCUGGACCCCUGUCAUUUAUCCUGCGGCUGACUGUAGUCUGCAGCUUGGUUUUUAGGGGGAUCAAUGGAGGACCAAAACCCCACAGGCCCCCCAAUAGGGGAAAGGUCAGAAGAAACAGGUGAUGGCCCUCAUUACGUUCACGGGUCUGCACUCUGCAAUGAUCCUGAAGCACUCUUGCCUACUUCUAAGCAAGACCCCAGAGCCCAGCCAUCAACAAAAGAGAAGGUUUUGAGGUACCUUACUAGGCUUCUCGGAACAGAGAGAAGAUAUAGAUGUUCAGUGUGUGACAAAACCUUUAGGAGGUGCCCACAGCUUACUAGACAUCUAAGAACCCACACAGGAGAGACACACUAUAGGUGUUCUGUGUGUGGAAAGACCUUCAGGAGGCAUCUAAAGCUUACUAUACACCAAAGAACUCAUAAAGGAGUGGAACCAUAUAAAUGCUUGGAGUGUGGGAAGAGAUUUCCUCAAAUCAGAAAACUUAUUGCCCAUUCAGGAUCCCACACAGGGGAAAAGCCAUAUUCAUGCUUGCAGUGUGGAAAAAGCUUUGCUCGUAAAGAUCAUCUUACUGAACAUCAAAGAACCCACACAGGGGAGAAACCUUAUUCAUGCUCACAUUGUGGGAAAAGCUUUGCUCAGCAAACUGAUCUUACUAGACAUCAAAGAACUCACACAGGAGAAAAGCCCUACACAUGCUCACACUGUGGGAAAAGCUUUGCUCGGAAACAUCAUCUUAAUGCACAUCAAAGAACCCACACAGGGGAGAAACCAUAUUCAUGCUUCCAGUGUGGAAAAAGCUUUGCUCAGAAAACUGAUCUUAUUAGACAUCAAAGAACCCAUAAAUUGAAGAAACCUUAGAAAUGCUUGGAAGGUGGAGAGAGUUUCUGUCACUAAUCAAUCCACCAUGCACAUGAAGAAAUACUUGAAGAGAGAUAUUUUUACAAAUGCUUGCAUUCUAGCAAGAGCUUUGAUGAUUAUUCUUGUCUUAAUGAACAGGAUACAAUACAUACCGAAGAGGAAACUUAACUAUUUGGAGUGCGGAAAGAGCUUCAGUCACAACACAUACUGCUUUUCACUUCAAGAAAUCCACACAGGCAAAAUUACAAUCUGUUUGUCCCAAUGUAAUUAUGUCCUUUGAGUGUUCUUCAUUUCUGAGCCUUGUGAUCCAGCAUUUUUAAGUGGCAUCUCAAUGAGGAGCUCCCUGGUGGUUUUAAUUGUGUCUUUUAUUGUGCUGGGCUCAAUGUUUUUAAGUGCUUUGAUUAAGAAGGGGGAGAAAUGUGAUCUGAAGCUUUUCCCAUUGAUGGAGUAAUUGCAGCGAUCAUCUUCUGAGGCAUCCGAGCAUUCUUCUGCAGUGGAACAGAAAUGUUGGCUGUUUUUAGAGGUUCUUUUAAAUAGCAGUAUUGUAAUGUAUUUUCUGUGCUUACUAAUAAAGUUGGAUUAUUUUUCUUGG